CAUGUUCACAGUUUGAGGACGUGCCUUCAAAUUAUUGGGACUGUGGUGCGCAGAAGUUGCUGGAUCUGGCAGACGUGAGAGGCGUUGUCGAGGAGCGGAGACAUCAGAUGCAUGAGCAGUGAUGAGUUACUCAUUAAGCCCCUUCUGACAAGCAAGCCAGGAUCGGGACUCAAGACAACUUUUGGUGCACCCUACUACUUGAGCUGUGCGUUCACUCUGCUGACUGCUCUACAACACAGAACGACAAGAUGGGGCAGCUGGCUGAUGAUGUCGCAACUUCGCCAGAAUGGAAAUCCUUGAUAAUGAGUCAAGUGCUGAUCAGCCUGGCCCUGAUCUGUAUGGUAUUCCUAACUGUACGGGCUGCCCUGCAAGUAGUGGGGUCAACAAUCUGCCCAGUGGGCUUCCCCCCUGGUCCUAAACCAUUACCGCUGCUGGGGAACAUCACUGUCUUAAGUUGCAAGAAUCCCCACAUUGGCAUGCAAGAAUUGGCCAAAAAAUAUGGAGAAGUCUGUACCAUAAUGUUGGGGAGAACGCCUGUUGUGUUGGUGAGCGGCUACCAGGCAGUCAAAGAGGUCCUGGUGAAUCGAGGUCACGAGUUUGCUGACCGACCAAUAACUCCCCUUUUUACUAAACUCACUCACAACAUUGGUAUCGCAUUAGCACCCUAUGGAGACGCAUGGAAGCAGCAGCGCCGAUUUGCUUUGUCAACAUUGCGCAAUUUUGGCUUCGGAAAGGCAACAAUAGUCGACAAAAUAUUGAUAGAAGCGAGGUAUCUAAUAGAGACUUUCAAACACGAAACCUCAGCGUUUGACCCUCACUUGAAUUUCAACAAUGCUGUGGGCAACAUAAUUUGCUCCCUCCUGAACGGGAUCCGAUAUGAUUAUAACAAUGAGCAGUUCCAAAAGCUUACACACCUCCUUGAGCAUCUCGUGCAGUUACAAGCAGAGCCGCUGGUAAUACUGUGUAAUGUAUUCCCAUUUCUGCUAAAGUUGCCUGGGCCAUGGCAGAAAGUAUUCCAUAUUCACACAAAGUUGCAAUGCUUGCUCAAGGAUAUAGUAUCUGAGCACCGUGCCACAAAAGAUCAACACAACCCCAGGGACCCGAUUGACUCAUAUCUAGCUCAGAUUGAUAAGGAGGACAAUCCCAACAGGAGCUUUACUGACCAGACCCUCAUUCUGAUAUUGAUGGAACUUUUCAUUGGUGGCAUGGAGACUACCUCCAACACACUACGCUGGGGCCUCCUCUUCAUGAUGAUGAACCCCGACAUUCAAGCCCGAUGUCAUGAGGAGAUUGACAGAGUUGUGGGAUCCGAGCGAUCGCCAUGUAUGAAGGACAGACGCAGCCUGCCCUACUUGGAUGCUGUGAUCCAUGAGAUACAGCGCUUUGGUAACAUUCUUCCAUUUGGAGUUUUGCACCCUACAUCUAAAGAUGUGCAGUUCAACGAAUACUUGUUUCCAAAGGGAACCCAUGUAAUGGUAAACCUCAUGUCUGCUUUUUACGAUGACAUCCACUGGAAAACACCACAUAAGUUUAACCCUGAUCAUUUCCUUGAUAAAGAUGGCCAGUGUAUCCAGUCGGAUGCUUUCCUGCCAUUCCCUGCUGGUCCCCGUGUCUGUUUGGGGGAAAGUUUAGCCAAGAUGGAGCUUUUCAUUUUCUUCACAUCUCUCUUGCAGCACUUUGAAUUUUACUGGCCCAACUCCGUCUCUCCUCCCACUUUAGCUGCCAAAUUCAGUACCACUCUAUCGCCACACCCCUAUAAAUUAGGGUUACGCAUACGCAACUCACCGUAGCUAAGACAAGAUUACGACCCAUAGACGUCUUAAUGUGUAAAACUAAACACCUUUUGUCUUAGCUUUGUACGGACUUUUUUGCAAAUCAUGGCAAUUGUCAUUAGGCCAUAUUGUAAUGCCCAGUUGCAGGAAGUCAAUUCAAAUUUAAAUGAUUGCAAUUAAUGUAAGUGAUAUGCAAUAUAAUCCUUUGCUUCAAUAAAUAUACGUAUUUUAGAACUUUAAUACAUCGACUAUACAGUUUUAAUAUUAAUUUCAGGAUUGGUCCCAGUUUCUCGUUUCCUGGAGUAAUGUCUCUGUAAACAUACUUACGUAAAAUCAUUACACUCACUAUAUCCAUAUACCAGCAUAGCCAUUACCUCAAAUAACUCACACUAUUAAUGAUAAAAUAAAAAACACUCAAUCCAAGUCUGAUUAAAGGAACCUUACUAUUGUGAGCUCUGAAUUAAACAAGAACAUAACCAUUGUCCUGUCAUCAUUCAACUCAUAAUCAUUCAACUGCUCACCUGCGAAGCUGACAGUGGUUAUGUUCAAGUGUGGUGGCAUUAAACAUAAAUAUUGUUGCUUCAUGUUUAAAUUUGAGGACCACUGGUUUGUAGAUGAGGACCCACUUGUGCAGCCACCGUAGAUUUUUCAUGCAGUGCAGGUUCGAGUAAUUCCUUGGUACUCAAUAAAAAUACAUCAUGGCACAAAGGUGGCAUAGGGUAAGGUAUCAGACAUUAUCCUGGCUUGUAUGACUCAAACAUUGUGUAAUGAUUAGCAUACUGGACUUGCAAUCCAGAGAACAAUGGUUUAAUUGGAUAUCAUGGCACAGCAGUGGAAGUAGUGCAGCCUCUGUCCACCCAGCAUCAUUAAUGGUUAUACCACAAUUAAGUUGAUCAGCUAGUAACAUGUGGUAGGGUAAACUGUGACUAGGCCCACCUCUUUAAGCACAUGGAAGAGUAGGCCAAAUACCCUCUGGAGUUCCCUCAAGUGUAGAGGUGUAUGCUAGCAAUUGCAGGCAUACUCUUUUAUUUUUCUUGAAAAACGAGGGGAAAUUUACCCAGUUUUGUCAGAUCUAACAAAGUUAGGGAAUCACCAGAUAAACCUAAAAAAAGUCACCAGAUAUCGCUAUUUUAACAUUUGAAAGUUGCCAAAAAUGUUGCCAAAAAUAUGUAACUUGAAUGAAUGAAAUUACUCAUAUUCUUAAAAUGUAUUUUGUUCGUAACAUGUGAACAUGAAUGAUGACGUAGAUAUAAAUUAAAUAUUGUAGUUCUGCAUUAAUGUCAGUCAAGUUGGCUACCUGCAUAGCUCCUCAGGCAGCUUUGAGCCAGCAGUCAACAUCGUUCUUUACCAGCACGUUAUCUUUAUUGCUGUUGUCCGCAUUUUAAAAAGUCACUAGACCAUAGUUAGUCAACCUGAUACUUUUUCAUCACUUCGGAAAACUCAAAAGUCACUAAACAUAGUAACACAAUUACUUGGUUUGCAACACUGACCUUAACACACGGAGACUUGGGCCAACCACUGGUACCUAAAGAUGACUUGUUGACCAAUUAAGAGUCUACAAGUGCUGUGCAAUUUAUGAGUUUGUGAUAGAUAGUGAGUGCAAUUCAUUACUAAAUUCCCAUUGGAAUUGAUUACGGAUUCCUGACUUUCGGAAUAAGUAACCGUUAAGAUCAUCUUUUGUAUAUUAACUGCUUGUGCAGAUGAUCCACAUGUGCAGACAGUGCUGCUGAGUGCGAGAGCGUGGGUAUGAAACUGGGUGAUAAUGUUUUGUUAUUGUUUCUGAUCAUCCUGUGUUGCGAAAUGCUAUUGUAGUGAGUCACUUCUGAGACACUAAGAGUAGGAGGCAACACACUUUUAUUCUACACUUAGACACUUGUUCACACACGGUAUAACUAUAAACGGGUCUGGACUGCCGGUUCGCUGCCUGACCCACGACGCCGGAGAUGAAGACGUAGCAUGACGGGUUCCAUUCCAACGACAGACAGCCCUGAUCCAGCCUCGGGACUUCCCUUUUAUGCCUCCCGGUGUGGCCUGGCUCCGCCCUCGGCCACCCCCCUUCUGGAACCCACCAAAAGAUUCUGGGCUAUACUCCACGUGUCCCCUCAGUCACCUUUGGCCCACAUCCCUUACCUCCGGUCUAUCACAUACCCUGUUAGCCGGCAGGGCUGCUAUGUCCUCAUAUCAACCAGCGCUACGCACCCGAGUGACCUAUUCCAUGGCAUUGCAUGUUCUGCUGGCAGAUCGGCUGUUACACCCUGCUCUGCUGGCAGAUCGGCUGUAACGCCCACAAUUCCCCUCUCUGUCAGAAACCAUCGCUAUGCGCCGUAGUGACCCAUUCUAUGUCACUACACAAUUAUGACUACCCUAUCAUAGUGUAGUGAGUCCAACUGAGUCACAGACGUUGUCUUGGGAGCAACACUAUUUAUUCAACCAACUUCAACAUAACAUAACACAACCCACACUCGGGUAUCGAAUGCCUGUCUAACCACCCUACGGCAGACCUAGACAUGGUGCGCUAUCCCGGCCCGGACCACAAGCUGGGUCCCAGACCGUAUGGCUAGAGGCUUCUUCUCCCCGACAUUGAUCUACAUCACCAACUACACGAAAGAACCCCAAGCUCCUCACGGGGCCCCCGUUAUAUCGCCCUGGGCUGGGCUGGUUCUGCCCUUCGUCCCGCCCACCUUCCAGAUCUCUCGAGCUCUUUCUCAAAGGCUCCCGAGAGCUCUUUUAGACCUCGUGACCGCCCAGCGGCCCCUGUCCACCGGUGGCCUCCCUCCAAUAUAAUUCGGUCACAUGUCAGCAGGUCAACCAGCGUAUCAUGCCCCAACGUAACCCUGGCUGGCUGACACUCCCUCUCGUUCCCUCACCGGGAACUCGCACAGCACACUGCUCGCUGUGCCUCCACACUGACGAGUGCUCCCCCAAGCCCGGCUAGGGCUGGUACUAUGCGUCAUAAGUGGGCUACACAUAAUGGCAACACAUUAUCCGCCGUGGCUUCGUAAGCCCGGCACCACACAGUGACAAUCACAGUCACUACAAUAGAAUGAUGUAAGCCACGUUUGACAACACUGUACAGCAAAGCAUUGCCCAUCGCUGGGGUUAUGUUCUUAAAAAUAGCCACAAUCGGCAAAUCCGUUAUCCGCAAACACAAAGAUAUAUAGGCUAACGAAGGUUUGGUUCAUGGUUUGGAAAACAUCCCCUCCUUUUGUUUUUAUAUUACCCAACGUCAACUAAAACAUUAAACAGGAAGUUUUUUGUAUUAAAUUUGAUUAAUAUUUUCUCGUGUUAAAUAUAACUUAUGCGGUAAAUUUAUAGAAUGAAAAAAAUUACGUAGCGUACCAUACACAUAUCUGUGUACAGUAAUGUACAUGACAGGACGAAAAAUCGUGCAGCUGAAUCCGACUGGAGGCCGGGAGCACGGGAACUGAUACCAGCAAACAAGAUGGAGAUACAAUGGCAUGUAGCAUCAUUGCUUGCAGUACAGUUACUAUGCACACAGGAAUCUCGCAGUGAACUACAUAUCCUCCAGCAACAGGGUCGCGAUUGGCGAACUGUUGCUCAAUACAUUUGGUGCAAAACCGAGAUAGCUUCACCCAUAAGAGGGAAGAAUAUGCAUUUUCUCAACACAUUCCUGCGGAGGGAGCCGAUAGGAACGUUGGGUUGCUCGGUCAAUGACCAGGGUCAACGGCGGCGUGGUGCAUUCCGCAAAUAUGCCCGACUGUGAGGGCGGGCACAAGCCGGCGUGAAUAGGUUAAACGUUGAGUUUUAUAAGGGCACCACGGGGUGACCAGCCCCUCCCCACCCAGCCC